UGAACGUAAUUACGAACGCACCUGGCCUGGUAUUCGAACGGGGCAAAUGUUUUCAAUGAAGGCACACGAUUGCGACUAGCAACCGCGCAGCGUUAUCCAAUUAAACCGAUGGAAAGUUCAAAGUGAAUAAGAAUGGAUUGUAAAUAAUACUAGAUAGCACCGGUAUCAAUCGCCUGUCCGUCGCGUUCUUGCAUGCGACUGCAAGUUUGACAGUACACGACGAAGGGUGGGGGCCGUGCUGCGCAGCCAUAUUGGCUACUUGUGACUUUUGGGAGGAAGCAAGCAAAAAAUAACCCAACUUUUCUCGUUUCUAGACGAAAAAAAUGUUGCCUUCAAGAAUUUUUCAUUGAUUUUGCACGUUGCACUAAUCAACGCGAACACGAUUACUGUGACACGUGUCAUCGUUUCUACAAGGUCGUUCUUUUUUACGAAAAAUGAGUUUCUUUGGAUUCGGUCAGUCGGCUGACAUAGAGAUUACUUUGGAUGGUGCAGAUACCAGGAAGUCUGCAGACAUCAAAUCCGAAGAUGGAAAAAAAGAGCGCCACUUGUUAUACUAUGACGGGGAAACCGUAUCUGGAAAGAUUAACAUUAGUCUUAGGAAGGCUGGCAAGUUAGAACAUCAGGGUGUAAAAGUAGAAUUUUUCGGACAAAUAGAAUUAUAUUACGAUAGAGGAAAUCGUCACGAAUUCACAAGCUUGGUUAAAGAACUGGCCAGGCCAGGCGAAUUAACUCACAACACUGUGUACACUUUUGAAUUUGCCAAUGUAGAGAAACCAUUCGAAAGCUACACAGGGGCUAACGUGCGGCUAAGAUAUUUCCUGAAAGUGACAAUUGUCCGAAGACUUAGCGAUAUUGUUAAAGAACUCGAAUUAGUUGUGCACACUCUUAGUUCCUAUCCAGACAUGAAUAAUCCCAUUAAAAUGGAAGUUGGAAUCGAAGACUGUUUGCAUAUCGAAUUUGAGUACAAUAAAAGCAAGUAUCACUUGAAGGAUGUCAUUGUUGGAAAAAUCUAUUUCCUUUUGGUUAGAAUUAAAAUCAAGCACAUGGAAAUCGCCAUAAUAAAACGGGAGACCACUGGUUCUGGUCCACAUACGUUCACGGAGAAUGAAACAAUAGCCAAGUACGAAAUAAUGGAUGGCGCACCUGUCCGUGGUGAAUCCAUUCCCAUAAGAGUGUUUCUAGCAGGGUACGACUUGGCGCCGACAAUGCGUGAAAUUAAUAAGAAAUUUAGCGUUAGAUACUACCUUAAUUUAGUCCUCAUGGACGAAGAAGAUCGCAGAUACUUCAAGCAGCAAGAAAUAACACUGUGGAGAAAGGGCGAGAAAAGUAGAAAAUCUCAGACAGCUUCGCCCCACAUGCCGUCACACUUAGUCUCUGCAGAAACAGGAUUCCCACAAGGAGCCGCUCAAAAUGGUCCACCAUCCGUGCCAUCCACAGUACCACCAGGGCAACUACCAUCCAGUAAUCUAACAAGCGUGGAAGAUACACCAGCUCCGAUAGAGGGCAUGACGCGCGAAGAAGGGGAUGGUGAAGGUGAAAAGGAAGUUAACCCUGAAAGUAACUGAAUGUUCGCGCAUGAGGCAGUUAACGAAGACAAUGGAAAAUCUUACUAGUUCAGGGAAACAGUAACACCAUAGAGGGGUGGAUCAUCACGGAUGAAACUAGUAGCGUUGACUAGAAUUUCUCUUGUAUCGUAAAGAGAAAUUGAAUUUUAAGAACAGCGAGAAAAUGGGAACACCUGCGAGCAAAGUUGUAAAUAUUUUGGAUACCUAUAAAUAAUGCAGGUGAUAAAUUGAAUAAGUAGCCAAUUAUCGAUCAAAAUUUCAGAUUAUUGAGAUCUAUAGGAAAUAUGCUAUGAUGUCUGGUGGAACAGACCUAAAACGAUUAAAAACGAAAGACAAAAAAAAAAAAGGAAAAAAUGUAAUGUUACAGAAAUGAAAUAACGCAAACAUGUAAAAUGAGUAUACAUAAGCGGACGAUUUAAUGAUUGAAUUUUAAUCAGUGGUACAUUAUUGAAUGGCAUCUAAAUGUUACAGUGUUCUGAAUAUUUUAUACAAACUUAUUCUGUGUUAUACAAACGAUGCCUUCAGCCACUAGAUUGAUUCUUGAAAUUCGAAGCCUCUCGCAUGACUGCUUAAUCGUCAUGUGAGAGUUUUAUAAAUCUGAGAUGAAUAUACAUAUACUCACAACGGCUGCCCUAUUUUAAUCCAUUCUCCUAGUCUGCAAUUACUAUAAUAAAGGCAUUUAAUGGAGGAAUGCUUUUACGUGCAACAUAUUGUACUAUCGAAAUAAUUUGUGGAACAGCAAGAGUGUGAUGUUUUGAAAAGAAAACUUCUACAUUAAGAUACAUGGGGUAUCAUACAGUAAUGUAAUAACGAUAAAUUUUGUUUCAGAGUUUGAUAUAAUUGUAUAUACAAAUUAUUGAAAUAUAUACACCUAUUACUUUUCUAAUAGAAUUUGUAUGUAAACUUGAAGAUUCUUGAUAUAAAUCAUUCUAAGAAAUGUAUGCCUUAGUAUGCCUGCUCAAUUUUAGCAUGCCUUUAUUAAUAUAAGAGUGGACUAUGAUAGAUUAAAAAUGGGAUGGCUCCACAUGUAUUUAUAGAUAUAUACAUACAUAUUACAAUAUGUGUGUGAAUAUAUAUAUGCAUAUAUAUGAUUUUUAAUGAUAAAAGUAGUAACAGGCUGGGUUAUAUAUAUACACACACACACACACACACACACACACAAAGUGUCAAGAUCGAUUGUAAUAAUACUGAAAACACGGUAAUGAACUAUAAUAAGAUAUACUCUUCUAUCAAGGUAGUAGUGAUUAUUACUAUCAUGAUGGAAGUAAUAUCGAUACGAAAAGGAAUACCCAAUGUUUUGUACAAUUCUGUGUUAACACACACACACACAUGGACUGGCUGUAAAAAUCUUGUUAAAAAAAAGUGCAUAAUAGUCAGCCACGUGUAUUUGAGAAUUUUGUUUUGUGUAAAUUAAAAUUUUCAUAUUUCAAGCCUUUGUUAUUUGUUGACAAGAAAGAUAUAUGUGUACAAGAGAGAAAGCGAGAGAGAGAGAGAACGAACGAACGAACGAGAGAGAGAGAGAGAGAAAGAGCGAAAACGAGAGAAAAGUAAAACUAUUUGUGAAUUAUUUGACAUGUCAAAUAUUGUAUAUACAUAUACAUAUUGUCAUACGAUAUGAAACUAGUUGUAUAUUUUAAUGCCCGCAUAAGAAUAUUAUAUAUCGUAUACAGUGUGCCUUCGUGUGCACGUAUAUUGGAAAAGA